UCAAACCGAUCACGCGCUCGCGCACACCUGGCUGGAGCUGUGAUUUACCUGCACAUGGACACACUCUGAUACCGCGGAAACUUCACACACACACGCACACACACACACACUACAGCAUUACACUGCUCUGCGGGACUGACAGAUUAGGAAUGGAAUUAAACUUGUCCAAAAAUGUGAUGUCAUGUGAAGAUGCAGGUGGGAUGAAUUUAGAUCGAAUUGCCACCGACGCCGCGAGACUCCCGCCAGCGCGCGACAUGGCCUCCGCUUUCCACGCUCACGUCGCGCGCGACACGCUGGAGCACACGAGCAGCGAGUCCUCGGACACGGAGACUGCAGAGAAGGAGCGGAUUGUAGAGCAGCGCGCUGAGGACGGAAACCCGGACGAUCCGAAGAAGAAGAAGCAGCGGCGGCAGCGGACGCACUUCACGAGCCAGCAGCUGCAGGAGCUCGAGGCCACGUUUCAGCGGAACCGGUACCCGGACAUGAGCACGCGCGAGGAGAUCGCCGUGUGGACCAACCUGACAGAGGCGCGAGUCCGGGUGUGGUUUAAGAACCGGCGGGCGAAGUGGCGGAAGCGCGAGCGGAAUCAGCAGAUGGACUUGUGUAAAAACGGCUAUCUGCCGCAGUUCGGGGGCCUCGUGCAGCCCUAUGAGGACAUGUACCCCGCCUACGGCUACAACAACUGGACCAACAAGGGGCUCGCGCCCAAAAACUUCCCGUUCUUUAACUCCAUGAGCCCACUGACGUCACAGCCCGUGCUCUCGUCCCCGAGUUCCAUUUCCUCCAUGAGCAUGAGCAUGAGCAUGGCCUCGAGCAUGAACAGCAUCAGCAACCUGAACGGCCUCGGCGGCUCCUCUAUCAAUUCUGCCAUGAGUUCCUCCGCGUGCCCGUACGGAGCCCCGCCCCCCGCGCCGUACGGGGUCUACCGGGACACGUGCAGCUCCGGCCUCGCGACCCUCAGACUCAAACCCAAGCAGCAUCCCGGUUUCGGAUACGGAGGAUCCGCGUGCCAGUACAACAGCUAACGGAUUAACGGAGACGUAAAGAAUAGAAAAGGGAAAAAAUCGCCCGCGCGACCAAAACUGGAUCCGCUGUAACUGAUGAUUUUUUUGUUUGUAUUAUUCGGUUGGAUUUUGCAACUCGCCUGUUUACCUGAACUUGCACAAUGACUUAAUCAAAUCCACGCGCUUGGAUUUCAAAGUGAAGAUGCUACAUUGCAACUCUGUAAAUAGUUUAAUGUAUUUGAACAAAAACAAAAAGAACUUUUUCGUGUUUAAUAAAAAAUCCUGCCGUUUCCGGGCCAUUUAAUCAGACUGCUUUAGUGGAGUGUAUAUAAACUCUAAUCUCUUUCUCUCUCCGUUAUGUAGCUUCGCCUGCUUUUUAAAGCUCAGUCUGUUUUUAUUUGAUUUUAUUUUUUAAUUUUUGUGCCAUCGUUGUUUAUUUGACUGAACCGAUAUAAACCGCAUGUUUGUGAAUGAAAAAAAAAAAACCUAAAUGUUUUGUACAGAAAUGUAAAGAAGAAAUGUAGGUUAAACAACUCUGUAUUCAGAUGUGGAUUGGAAUUUGUCCUCACGUGUUUAUGGAAAAUAAAACAGAAAUAAUGGUUAAAAUGAA